AAGUGGAAUGCUCUGGCAAGGCGAGGCGAGGAAAGGAAACAAUGCAGGGCGAGCUUUGUCUAUUCUCAUCGCGAUCCUCAUCUCGCACCUCUAGCAACGAUGACAUCGAGUAGUGUAGCGAAUUCGUGCUCUCUUGAGGAAUCUUGAGCUCGUUACUGUUCCUUGAAGCUGCAUAUCAGGUGCAUUCAGAAUGGAGCUCGGAGUCAAUUUCAGGGACUAAGGGCGAAGUUCCGGUUGAUCAAAUGAAAUCAGUAUCUUGAGAGUAAAGUCUACAAUUUCAUGCCCGCAAAUACUGUAAUAUAGAUUUGUUUAGUCCAACGCUUCAACUGUUGCAUAGCGAGUGAGGCAAGUGUAGUGAACUGGUUGUGAGUUGUUGCAUUAUGGUUCUCAGCACAUAGGUGAACUGAAGCCCUGACAUCCAGGCAGGGGAACCAUGAGAGGGCGAGGAAGAGGGCCCAGUGGAGGGAGGGGAGAUGGUGGCCGGAGCAGGUCUGCACGCGGAAGACCGAGAGAAAGUAGCAAAUUUGGCAAUGAAGGCCGAAUUGAAGACGGCCACAAGGAUGGGGGUGGCAGUGUAAGGAGAGUAGGGAGAUCAAAGGUAUGGCGAACUUCCGAAGAUGCAUUGGAGGCAAGCUUUGGGUACCAGAUUUUUACCGAAGGAGAACCUCGGCUAGGAUGGCUUCUCAACAUGGUCUCGUCGGCGAUGGAUGAUCCUAAUAAUGACAAUAUUACAUACAGCUGUGUCAACCUCUACUUUAUGUGCCAGGAUGGAUCCACCUUCAAGGCACAAUUCAAGUUUGCUCCUUACUUCUAUUUGGGUACCAAGGAGAACACAGAGUUGGAGGUUGACGCUUACCUAAGACGGCGGUACGAGGGGCAAAUUGCAAAUAUUGAGAUAGUUAACAAAGAAGACCUUGAUUUGAAAAAUCACCUUUCAGGUCUGCAAAGUAAAUAUUUAAAACUUAGCUUCAACACUGUGCAAGAGCUGAUGAAUGUAAAGAGUGAGUUACUACCCUUGGUACAGCGGAACCAAGCAAAGCUGGACGCUGCUCAGGCUUAUGAAUCACUCUUCAAUAAUUCAGCAAGCAAAGCUCCUGGAAAGAUGCAGGAUUACAUUGAGUAUAUGGUAGACAUGAGAGAGUACGAUGUCCCUUACCAUGUCAGGUUUGCAAUUGAUAAUGAUAUCAGAUGUGGGCUCUGGUACAUGGUUAGUGUUGAAUCUUCUCAAACGAAGUUGGAAAGGAGAACAGAUCUAUUGCAACGUGCUGAGGUGCGAGUUUGUGCAUUUGAUAUCGAGACAACAAAGUUACCUUUGAAGUUCCCCGAUGCAUCGUAUGACAGUGUGAUGAUGAUAUCUUACAUGAUCGACGGCCAGGGAUAUCUUAUAGUUAAUCGAGAGUGUGUAGGUGCUGAGAUUGAGGACCUUGAGUAUACUCCGAAGCCAGAGUUUGAAGGUCACUUUAAGGUCACCAACACACGGACGGAGAAAGAGCUGCUUGUUAGUUGGUUUUCUCAUAUGCGGGAGGUGAAGCCAAGUAUCUAUGUCACGUACAAUGGUGACUUCUUUGAUUGGCCUUUCAUUCAAGCACGUGCUCUUCAUCACGGAAUGAGGAUGCACGAUGAGAUAGGGUUUCAACAUAAUGAAACUCUAGGGGAGUGUUUGAGUAAGUUUGCUUGUCAUUUGGAUUGCUUUGCAUGGGUGAAGCGUGACAGUUACUUGCCGCAAGGAAGUCAAGGUCUCAAGGCUGUAACGAAGGCUAAAUUGGGUUUCGAUCCGUUGGAGGUUAAUCCUGAAGACAUGGUUCGCUUUGCUAUUGAGCAACCACAGACAAUGGCUUCCUACUCAGUCUCAGAUGCUGUCUCAACAUAUUACUUGUACAUGACAUAUGUGCAUCCUUUUAUCUUUUCUCUGGCAACCAUCAUUCCAAUGUCUCCAGAUGAGGUUUUGCGCAAAGGCUCCGGGACACUUUGUGAAAUGCUUCUAAUGGUUCAAGCCUUCAAGGGAAACAUUAUCUGCCCCAACAAACAUAAAUCUGAGCAAGAGAAGGUUUACAAUGGGAAAAUGCUGGAGAGCGAAACCUACAUUGGUGGGCAUGUGGAGUGUCUGGAGAGUGGAGUCUUUCGGUCCGAUAUCCCCACACGGUUCCACCUGACUCCUGAAGCGUAUCAGGGGUUGAUUAACAAUCUCGAUAGGGAUUUGAAGUAUGCAAUCGAAGAAGAAGGAAAGCUCGAGUUGGAGUCGGUGACUAACUAUGAUGAAGUUAAGGAGGAUAUUAAACUCAAACUUGUGAACCUACGUGACACUCCAAUUAGGGAUGAGCGUCCCCUCAUCUAUCAUCUGGAUGUGGCUGCCAUGUAUCCCAACAUCAUUCUCACAAAUCGACUUCAGCCGCCAUCUAUAGUAACAGACGAGAUCUGUGCGGCCUGCGACUUCAACCGUCCAGGCAAGACUUGCAUGCGAGAGUUGGAGUGGGUCUGGAGAGGUGAAACCUACGCUGCUAAACGGAGUGAAUUCAUGCAUCUUAAGAAUCAAAUUGAGUCGGAACAAUUCCCUUCAAUUGCGGAUGGGGGGCCAUUAAGAUACUUCCGUGACCUCCCCAAGGAUGAACAGCAGAGCAAAUUGAAGGAUCGGUUGAAGAAAUAUUGUCAGAAGGUGUACAAGCGAGUGCUGGAAAAACCGAUCACAGAUGUCCGAUCGGCCAGCGUCUGCAUGCGAGAAAAUCCGUUCUAUGUGGAUACUGUCAAAAGCUUUCGGGAUAGGCGUUAUGAAUACAAGGGUCUAAACAAGGUUUGGAAAGGGAAGCUCGGAGAUGCGAAAGCUAGUGGCAACCCGAUCAAAAUUCAAGAAGCUUCGGAUUUGGUCAUUUUAUAUGAUUCGCUUCAAUUAGCACACAAGUGCAUCCUCAAUUCUUUCUACGGAUAUGUCAUGCGCAAGGGAGCUCGCUGGUACUCCAUGGAGAUGGCAGGUGUCGUUACAUAUACCGGGGCAAAAAUUAUUCAGAAUGCCCGUGUCUUAGUUGAGCAAAUCGGGAAACCACUAGAACUUGACACAGAUGGAAUUUGGUGUUGCCUGCCUGGAUCUUUCCCUGAGAACUUUACCUUCAAGACCAAAAACGGAAAGAAGCUCACAAUUUCAUACCCUUGUGUGAUGCUCAAUGUUGAUGUUGCUCUCAACAAUACCAACGACCAGUAUCAGACGUUGGUGGAUCCUGUAUCGCGAACUUAUGCAACAACUAGUGAAUGCUCCAUCGAGUUUGAAGUUGAUGGACCUUAUAAGGCUAUGAUCAUACCUGCGUCUAAGGAAGAAAACGUCCUUCUCAAGAAGCGUUAUGCCGUUUUCAAUCACGAUGGUACAUUGGCAGAGUUGAAGGGAUUUGAAAUAAAGCGGCGCGGAGAGCUUAAACUUAUCAAGGUGUUCCAGGCAGAAAUUUUUGAUAAUUUUUUACACGGUGCGACUUUGGAGGAGUGCUAUGCCUCUGUGGCUGCCGUUGCAAAUCGGUGGUUGGAUAUGCUUGAGAAUCAAGGUAUCGAUGUUGCAGAUAGUGAGUUAUUGGAGUAUAUUUCUGAAUCAAGUACAAUGAGCAAAUCUUUAGAAGAUUAUGGUGAUCGAAAAUCGUGUGCCACUACUACAGCCCGGCGAUUAGCUGAUUUUUUGGGUGAUGAGAUGGUCAAAGACAAGGGACUUAGCUGUCGUUACAUUGUUGCCCGUGAUCCACAGGGUGCGCCUGUGAGUGAGCGAGCAAUUCCUGUCGCCAUUUUUGAUGCUGAGCCUGAGGUGAUGAGGGUAUAUGUUCGAAAAUGGUGCAAGUGUUCGGCGGAUGUUGCCAUUCGUAGUAUUGUAGAUUGGGGUUAUUAUCGCCAACGUCUCAAUUCUGCCAUUCAAAAGAUCAUCACUAUUCCUGCGGCCCUUCAAAAGGUUGCAAAUCCAGUUCCACGUGUAGUUCAUCCUGACUGGCUUUGGAAGAGGAUUCGAGAAAAAGAUGAUAAGUACAGGCAAAGAAACCUGAAAGAUAUGUUUGGGCCGAAGGUUGCUCAAGCUGAGGAACCCAUUUCCGAGGAUGGCUCUGAAGCUGAUCUAGAAGACAUGGUCGGUACCAAAUUAACUGGUCGUAAAAUGCCUCGACCAAUUAUUCGUGUAUAUGAUAAAGAUAAACAAAUUAGUAAUGUACAAAUGACAAACAAAUCAGUAAUAGAAGAUGGAAUCGAAAUGCCACCUGCUAGGCAAGUGCGAGAGACCACUCCUGAUAAGAACGAUGACUAUGAAGCUUGGUUGGAGCACAAAAAAAGGAAAUGGAAGGAGGCCCGAGACAAACGAAAACGAUCUAGACCGGAGAAUGCUACUGGCGGAGCAUUACGCAAUUCCCUCAUAAGUAAAGGUGGUAAAGCAGCUCGAUCAAAGCCGGGUGUGGGAGCUUUUUUUCGCAAUAGAGAAGCUGCCUUGACACACUCUCAUUGGCAGAUAUUGCACUUGGCUCUCGGUCAAAGGUCAGGGGAGUUCACGGCUUGGGUACUCGCAGAUGGUGAUAUGUAUAAGGUCCCUCUGAAAGUUCCACGUGUGUUUUAUCUAAAUACACAAGCCACCAAUACCGAAGAAUACCCUGGAGUACGUGUAACUCGUACUUUGCCACAUGGACGACCAGUUUUUAAUCUUAUUGAGGUAGUAGUAGACGAGGAGCAGUUUAAAUUAGCAGGAAGGAAACUUGCAGCGCAUCUUGCAGAUCCUGAAGUGGAGGGAGUAUACGAGACAAAGAUGCCACUAUCUCUGCAUGCUUUGCUGCAGCUUGGAUGUGUGUGUAAAGUUGAUUCAAAGGCGCGAAACCGUACGAUAAGGGAUGGAUGGUCUUUGAACGAUCUUCACAUGAAAACUACUACAGAGUGCUCAUAUUUGAUGGACGAUCUACCAUAUAUCUUUUUGUAUCACAGCUGGAUGGAAAACAGGGGGCUGUAUGCUUUGUAUACGCCUGUGAUUUCCAGGAUAUUGGUUGUGGUCGUUAAUCCCUUCAAUAAUCGUGAAAUUGCCAUCGCUCAGCUGGAGCGUCAAUUUCGUGAUGCAGUCCGUAACCAGAGCCAAUCUAAUGUCGACACUUCUGAAUUAACAUGCAAGGUUGAAUAUGUAUCAAGUAAUGCGGAUGCAGGACGACUCUUACAAAAAACACUUAUUGAGUACAGGGAUCAACAUCGAGGUCCUACUCUAGCUGUUGUUGAGUGUCCCAAUUUGGAUACAACUAAGAAUACAAUUUCAGCCCUCUCUGAACUACCAUGUAUACAAGUUUCAUGCAAUGCUCGUGAUAGUAAUUAUCAGACCCUUGGGUGGCAACCUCUAGCUGGUAGAGUGGCCAUGCAACGGUGUGCAGCAUCUAGUAUAUGGCUUCAGGAGAGGAUUACUCUAGCACGAUAUGCACAUGUUCCGCUUGGGAAUUUCGAUUCGGACUGGCUUCUUUUCACUGCCGACACUUUUUAUGCACGUGCUUUACGUGAUCAUAUGCAGGUGCUUUGGGUCUCAAACGAUGGAAUACCAGAUUUGGGAGGAGUUCCUGAGGAGGAGCCAAGCUUUGCCGAUGAGGUUCAACAGCCGGCUUUGAUCUUUCCAGGCGCUUACCGAAGUAUUAGUAUCGAGCUUAAGGUUCAUCACCUUGCUGUGAAUGCUUUACUGAAAAGCAGCCAGAUCAAUGAGCUAGAAGGCGGUGCUCUCUUAGGCUUCAAUUCAGAAUCUCAGGAUGCAGUUUCUCUUGGGGUUGGACAAACAAAUUGGGAUGAAAGUGUGUCUUGUGCACCAGCCUUUCGGAUUCUAAAACAACUUGUACAAGGCUGGCUUAGUGACGCUGUGUCAUCAGGCAACACAUUUGCAGAUGUUCUCUUGCAACAUCUUUACCGUUGGCUCUGCAGUCCAACAUCAAAGAUGCACGAUCCUGCUCUUCACCGUAUUCUUCACAAGAUUAUGCAGAAGGUUUUUGCACUGUUGCUUGCGGAGCUGCGGAAAUUGAGGGCCACCAUAGUCUUUGCAGAUUUUUCGCGCAUAAUUAUAGCUACUGGAAAAUAUAAUAUGGCAGCUGCUCAAGGGUACUGCGAGUACCUGUUGAAAACUUUAAAAUCUAGGGAGUUGUUUGAGUGGUUAGAGUUGGAGCCAAAACGGUACUGGCAUGCUCUGCUUUUCAUGGAUCAGUAUAACUACGGAGGCAUUCAAGCGAAAGAUGUUCGGACAGACCUUGAUGCCAGCGAUCUAUCUCAGGAUCCUACACAGAACGGGGCAAAUGAGAUCAUUUCAAGCUGGAAUAUUGCAGAGUUUCUUCCGAAAGUGACUCAGGACUACUUUGUGGUGAUAGUUUCAGAAUACAUCUAUAUCCCAUGGAAGCACUCUCAAGAUCAGGCGGCUUUGCUUGCAGCAGCUAGGGGUGGAGAUUUUGCAUCAAGCACUCCGUCUGUCUCAAUUUCUACAGCCUCUGAUGCGGAAGCACAAGAAGUUUCAUAUCUCAAAGAACAGAUUGCGUCCUACUUUACGGACAAAUUAUUGAGGGUAGUACGAGAUGUGCAAAGGCACAUAAAUGCAAGGAGAGACGAGGAAGAUUCUGAAGCUCAACUUUCGCGACAAUUUCCAAAGUUGGCUGGUUCACAUCUGGUCAUGACUGAUCCAGCCUUGGAAUUCAUCAAGCAAGUGUGUGCUGUACUGGCUCUUGAUAAUCGUGUUCAACACAAUGUAAUGGUAAUGAGGAAAAACUUGUUGAAGUUGGUGCACGUCAGAGAAUUCUCUGCAGAAGCUGCAUUUGAAGAUCCAUGCCGCUCAUUCACUCUACCAAAUGUCAUAUGCAGUUAUUGUAAUGACUGUAGGGAUCUAGAUCUUUGCCGUGAUGCUGCUCUGUUGGAGCAUGAUUGGCGCUGUGUGGUGCCCUCUUGUGGCCAACCGUAUGAUCGCGCUUGGAUUGAGAACGCACUGCUCCAAAUAGUGCGUCAACGAGAACGUCUGUAUCAUCUCCAGGAUCUCGUCUGCGUAAAAUGUCGUCAGGUAAAGUCAUCUCAUCUUGCCGAUCAGUGUCAAUGUGCUGGAGCGUUCAAAAACACAACAAGCCCAGCUGUGUUUGAAAAAGAAUUACAAGUGUUUCUGAAUAUUGCUAAAUACCAUGGGUUUGAGUUACUAGAAGAGGUUGUUACCUGGCUUGUAACUCCUUUGGUGCGAACAGCUUCAUGACUACCAGUUGCUCUAACUGCCUUCAUGCACAUUUAAGAGGAAUGUUGCCUCUAUGUGUUUGUGUACUAUACUUGGUUGAAAUACGUUCUGGAGGAUUCCGAGCGUUUUCUGCUACUAGCAGUGGCCGAAUUACAGCGUAGGCUAGAGAAUUUUCUAAUUUCUGCAACAACUGCAGUACCUAAUAUUCCUUUAUCUUAGACAAUUGCACAUGAUUUUAGCAGCUUAUGUACACGGAUCAGUUUUGGGGACUUAAGUUUCCUUGUAAUAUACGGUGCUAGCACCAACGUCAUUUAUUCCCUU